CCGUUCAUCUGUGUUUUCACACGGGAGAGCAGAGGCGCUUAGAUCAGUGGUGUCAGUUUGCUCUCUGAACGCUACAAGAGGGUGGACAGAAGGGUAUGAGAGAGAGUGGUCGGGAAAUAUAGGGUCUGAUACAACACACCGGGAAAGUAAAUCUUUACGACCACUAUGGCCGUUCCUGCGACUCUUCCGGUGCACUCUGGGACUUCUGCGGUGUCCGGUAAACUCUUUAGGACUGAUCCGUUUUUCACGAGUCCCGCGGACUCUCCGAGACUGAUCAACUCACUGAACGCGACGCUUCCGAGCGGCGCGGCGAACAACGAGUGCAAGAUCGUGGAGGUUCACGGGGUGAAAGUCGCUUCUUUUAAUGUUGACGGACAAGAGCUGAUUUGUCUCCCUCAAGUCUUCGAUCUUUUCUUGAAGCACCUCGUUGGCGGAUUGCACACCGUGUACACGAAGCUGAAGCGCUUGGAUAUAAAUCCGCUGGUGUGCACCGUGGAGCAGGUGCGCGUGUUGCGCGGACUCGGCGCGAUUCAGCCCGGAGUGAACCGAUGCAAACUCAUUUCCAGAAAGGAUUUUGAAGCGCUGUACAAUGACUGUACCAACGCAAGCUCUCGCCCUGGCCGCCCACCGAAGCGUUCCUACGGGGCCUGCUUGCAGGAAAGCCCCAGAAUCCUCCACCCCAGAGCAAACAGCCUGCUAUCUCCAGCCUUGCUGUCGCACACAGGUUUGACCACAGCGACGAUGGCUGAAGCUUUGAAAUUCCAGAAAAUAAAGAUGAUGAUGGAUCUACACAAGAACCACAACGGCUCAGAAUUCGAUUUAGAAGAAUUAAACGCUCAUACAGGACACGGUGAUUCGUCUUGGGAGCGACAUUCGUCACCUGUUUCAGAAAAGGGACAGCACAUCGUGAACAACUCGCAGCUCAACCCUCUCCAACACACCCAUCUACUGGCCAACAGACUGGACCUGCCCUUUAUGAUGAUGCCCCAUCCGCUGCUUCCUGUUGGACUUCCUCCCGCAUCUGUUGCCAUGGCAAUGAACCAGAUGAACCACCUUAAUACGAUUGCCAACAUGGUUGCCAGCGCACAGGUGCACAGCCCCGUCUCCAGGCCGACAUCUGUCAUCAAGCAGGAGUGUUUCGAGGAGAGCCCCUCUUUGACACCAUCUGUGGAGGAAACACUUCCUCAGAAACCAGAACUAUCACCUCAACAAACCAGUUCGGCUCCCAGCAGUCCCGCACACUCUCACACAGUCUCCCCUCAGAAACCAGCGUACGACAUUCAUGACGAACAUAGAGAAGCAAAUUCAGCUCUGCAUAUGAACCGACUUUCCAAUGACAGGGUUGAGCAGAAUGAAGUGAAGCCAACAAUAUUUCAGAAGAUGCCUCCUCAAACCUUCCCUUCAGGCUUCCCUGCUUCUCUCGUGUUCACCGAUGGACUUUCUUCUGUUGAGACACUGCUCACUAAUGUCCAGGGCCUGCUGAAGGUGGCUUUGGAGAAUGCUCGUCUACAAGAGAAACAGCUUCAGCAGGAGAGGAGAGAGCUGAAGAUGGAGCUCUACAAAGAACGAGAGAUGAGAGAGAGUUUAGAGAGACAGCUCACCUCUGAGCUUCACAGUCGAGCCACCAUUCAGAGACGUCUGAAGAAGGAAAAGAAGGCGAAGAGAAGGUUACAGGAGGCGCUUGAAUACGAGUCUAAGAGGAGAGGGCAAAUCGAACAGGCCUUGCAACAGGCCACCUCAUCUGACCCUCUCAAACACGAUCCAGUCAGUCUGGACAUGGAGACAGAACACUGCAGAAGCCCGGAGGACAACUGCACGUUACAAGAAAGCAGAAUGUUUACAAAGAACCCAAUUAUGUAUUAAGAAGCAACCUCCCAGCAAAGUUCUCCACAUCGAGGACAAUCAACUUUCCCAAUGAAGAUUCCAACCCAGAGAGGACAUCCAUGUUCUAAAUAAUGAAGAAAGGUCAUAGAAGAUCAGAUCUGUCAGAGAGAGCACAUCCAUUUAAAUGCUCUGUCCACUUUUGAACUCUUCCUCUAAACCUCACAGCAUUCCAGAGUCUUUGUUUUUAACCACAUACUGUACUGUACAUUUAGCUAAAAUCCCUGUUUAAGUUCAACUGCUAAAUGGAGAGCGGUAAUGACUUCCUGUUACUUUUAUGGAAACAUGCUCUGAUAUUAUCCCUGAGGAACAGUUACAGAACGGAGACCUUCGGUCCAACUCUCCAAAAAGGAUGAUAACGGCGGGCCAGGAGAAGAGGGAUAACCUUUGGUGAAGAAAACUUGAGUGCAUCUCAAAUAAAGUGUGAGAAUGUUACAUUUGUUCUUACUUUUCUCUCGUAUGUCCAUCUUCUAUUUCAUCUGUCCAUUUCUGUUUAGCUUCCUGAUACUGAAACGUUCAUUUGCAGCAGGUCAAGAUUUCUUCCUAACUGUGUGUUACGAACUAUUUUUGGGCUUUGUGUCAGAAGCUACUGAGUCCCAUCCUGACUGUUUCCCAUUUUGAGAAACCACUGAAAGUCUUUCUUAAUGAAACAUUAAACCAUACUUUAAACAUUUA